GGCCCGGAGGGUCGGACGUCCUUCUCAAGCUGCCCUACUCUGUCCUCAGAAAACAACACUGGAUUUAUUAAGGUAGUUAGCAGUGGUGUGGAUACUUUGCAUAGCUGUUUAACUUUUAAACAAAGUUUCUUAAAAAGCGUGAAUAAACUCCGAUAAGUGACCCAGAGAGAGAAACGACGCCGAGGUGGGCCACCUGAUCCAGGGAGAGGGAUUUGUUUUCCUUCUGCAUUCCUGAUGGAGUCGUACAGAGUGACUGGCAUUCCUCACAGUGGACCACAGCGGGGGCAAACUCAGCCAUCGCGCCCCUCCAGGCCCAACAGUAAUGGAGCUGGUUCUUACGGCCUCAGCAUCCGUGUCCAGGGUAUCGAUGGACACCCAUAUGUAGUCCUCAACAACCAAGACAAGGGCCCUCACUCCUACGUAGACCCCAACAGCAAUGGCUACGUGGACUCAGAGGGCUCUUUUAUUGAGAACUACGACGAGUAUGAUUUCCGGGGAGGGAAAGAGGCCAGUUCCAGCAGUCCCUUCACGGAGUACAGAUCUCAGAAGAUGAUGCAUUACACUGGUCCUCAAAAUGGGGUUGCAGAUUCACAAGGAAAGAGACCAUCCACCCUUCUGAACUUUCAGAAGCAUCCUGAGUUACUUCAGCCAUAUGAUCCAGCAACCAACUCCCUGAACCUUGAUAGUUUACACAGCUUGCCUUUAAGGUCUCCACCUCUGGCUGAGACUGGAAACCAACAGCAGAGUUCCUCAUCUAAAUAUUCUCUACCUGCAGCAUCCCAAACCGUCCCAAAGUCAUCAAGCCUGGAUCGGGACAAAGCUUCCACUCAGCGAGACAAAAGGCCACUUCCAUCCAAGAGUGUAAGUGAUGCAGUUGUCCCUCCAACAAAGUCACAGUCUUUGCCUUCAGUCCAACAUGCUCAGCCUAAGAGCAGGCCUCAAUCACAAGUGGCUCAGCCGCAGUCCAAAUCUCAUCUCACCAACCAGAGUCCACCUGUGUCCAAGCCAGGCUCGAAAUCUCAACCUCCACCCCAGGUGUCUCCCUCCUCUGUGUCCAGUCCUCAGAGUGAACAGAGCAAGUCCUCAGGCAGAACCCCCAGCUACAUGAGCAGCGCCAACUCCAGUCUGGAGCGCACCCACCGUGAGCCUGACGUCCUUCCCCUACGCAGGACGGACUCCAGUGGGCCAGUUCUACAGUCUUCUUCCCGCUCCCGCCACUCCUCGUCAUCCUCCACCUCAAAGACCCUGUUGGACGAACAGAUGGAGGCCCUGUACGCUGACUCUAUUAAUCGUCAUGAAAACCGCAGAUACAUCCCUUUCCUUGCUGGUUCAGGCAGAGACAUCGACACAGGCUCUAUUCCUGGUGUGGACGAGCUUAUUGACAAGUUUGAUGGCAAAGAUGGCAGCCAGCAGCGCAGAGGUAGAGCAGGGCGCAGGAACAGGAUCAACCCGGAGGACAGGAAGCGCUCACGUAGCGUGGACAGCGCCUUUACCCAGCGAGACGACUCCAGCUUUGAGUUCAGUUCCCGUCGGGGUACAUCCAUGGAGCAUGUCCUGCGACCUCAGCUCCGGCUGCAGAAAACAGCUGGUAGUCAGGACUCCUGGAUCUCCAAUGUAGAUGGUAGGACUGACUCCAGAGCUUCGUCUCGGGCCACCAGUGCGCCCGGCUCACCUCAGAGCACCAUCCCUAAAGGUGUGGGCCUCAUACAGGGUUACAAAAAGCCACAGACCAGCACCUCUUCAGUACCAUUCAAGAGUAAAGGCAGUGAGGACAGCACUUCUUCAGCUGUAAAGGCUUCAUCGUCAUCAUCACUGUCCACAUCUCUAUCAAAGCGUUCUUCCACGGCAGACAAGAAGCCCAGCGCAGAGGCAGAUGUUCAGGCGACACCUGAUCUCCUCAAAGGUCAACAGGAGCUUUCACAACAAACAAAUGAAGAGACAGCAAAGCAAAUUUUAUUCAGUUAUCUCAAAGAUGGAAGUAACGACAGCGAUGAAACCACAAAGAGAAAGGUCAACCUUGUCUUUGAGAAGAUACAGACCUUGAAGUCUCGGGCCACAGCGAGCGGUCAAGGCGACAGCAAAUCUUUGGACGUUUCUGCUCAAACUAAAGCACUGCAGGAGCAAAAGGCUGAACUGGAGAAAGAAAUGGCAGAAGUGAAGAGACAACUCGAGAAGAAUACGGUUGACAGGAGGACAGCAGUGAGUUUAAGGAGACUGCAGCAGGAGCUGAGAGCGGAGUUUUAGAGGAUUGGUAAGCGUUGAAGAGACAAAACUAGGCCAAAAACAGGAGCUGAGCUCCAGACACCACGGGUGGAAGAACUGUUCCAGGUGAAGAUGGAGAGGGAGCAAUACCAGACAGAGAUCAGAGACCUGCAGGAUCAGCUGUCAGAGAUGCAUGACGAGCUGGACACGGCCAAGAAAUCCGCCUCAGAUGGAGAGAAAGACGUCAUUAUGGCGGACAUGAUGCAGCUCAAAGUGGAGAUGCAGGAGGUUCUCCUGGCCAAGGAGGAGCAGGAGGACUUACUUCCGCGAGAGAGGGAGCUGACUGCUCUGAAAGGGGCUCUGAAGGAGGAAGUGGCCGCUCAUGAUCAGGAUGUGGACAAAAUGAAAGAGCAGUACGAGAAGGAAAUAAGCCGUCUGCAGACCUCUUUAGAGGAGGCGAAGCAGGGCAGCGCAGCAGUGGUCCGUGAGAAAGCUGAGGUGGAGGCAGCCAAGGGUGCAGCGGAGGGUCAAGCGGGACGGCUGACCCAAGAGACCGAGCGGCUGCGCAGGCGGGCACAGGAGCUGGAAAAUGAGGUGGCCAAACUCAACCGCAUCAUCGACGAGGCCAAGCUGCAGGAGAGCAGGCUAGGGGACAAAGUUGGGCGACACGAGAAGGACAAGAAACAUUUGGAGGAGUCUUUGGCUGAAAUUAAAGAGCAGGAAGAGGAGGUGUCCCGUGCCAAUCGAGCACUGACCAUUCGAUUGGAGGAUGUACAGAGGAACUUCACCAAACUGAGCAGUGAACACAAGGAGCUGGAGGAGAGGUUACUUGAGGAGAGGGCUCAGAAGGAGCAGUUCAAGAACAUGAAGAAUGACAUCGAGGACGAGAGGAGACUGCUGGACCGUACAGUGGAGAAACUCCAGAGGGAGAUGAAUGAUAUUGUGGAUGCGUCCCAGUCGUCCACUCGAGAGCUGCAGGAGCAGAUUGAUAUUUACAAAGAGAAGAACCGUAGGGAGCUGACAGAACUGCAGAGGCUCCUGAAGGAGCGAGGACAAGAGCUGGAGAAGUACCUGCUGGUCACCAAAAGCAUACAAGAAGAGUUGUCACAUCGGGAGGAGGACCUGCGGCAAUGUGAGAGGGAGCGAGACGAGGCUGUGCUCAAGGAGAAGACGCUCGAGAGAAAGGUUCAAGACCUGGAGUUGGAGGCUGAGACUAAGUCCAGUGCUAAAGAGGAAAAGUCUCGACAGCUAAAACUCAUGGAGGACAGGAUUAAUCAGCUGGAGGUGGACCUGGAUGAAGAGCGUCAGAGUGGAGACCAGUUUAUGGACAGGAUAGACCGAGGAAGAGAGCAGGUGGAGCAGAUGAGGAAUGAACUCCUGCAGGAGAGGGCUAGCAGACAGGACCUGGAGUGUGACAAGAUGGCUCUGGAGAGACAGAACAAAGACCUGAAGAGCAGAGUGGCUCAUCUUGAGAGCUCCCACAAGUCCAACAAGGAGGGCCAGGUGGCUCAGCUGGAGGAUCGCAUUCAGGAGCUGGAGGAGAGGCUGGAGGUGGAGGAGAGAGAGCGUGCAAACCUGCAGCUGGUGAACCGCAGGCUGGAGAGGAAGGUGAAAGAGAUGGUGAUGCAAACUGAAGAAGAGCAUAACACAAUACAAGACCAAAAGGACCAAUUGAACCUGCGUCUGAAGGCCUUGAAGCGGCAGAUGGAUGAGGCUGAGGAGGAGAUCGACCGACUGGAGCACAGCAAGAAGAAGCUGCAGAGAGACCUGGACGACCAACAGGAGGCCAACGAGCAGCUCCAGAGCCAGCUCAAAGCUCUGCGCAAUGAGAUCAGGAGAAAGAGUAACUCGGCUCCUCUGCUUAACAAUCUGCACAAUGACGAUGAUGAUGAUGAUGAUGACAUCAGCACUGACGGGGAAACGUAUUUCAGCUCAUCUUCGGGCUACAAGCGCUCCUCAAGCCAGGACAUGUUGUCAACUCUCACUUUGUAAAAUGAACCCUGAGGCCGAGGAUAAAGCUGCUGACACAAAUCACUGUGGGACCAAACGACUGGGAUCCCACGCAAAGUGCUCUCACACAAACCUGUGGAUAUUUUACUGAAACAAGAACUUUACAAAAAAUCCACGCUUCCACAGAGUUCACAAAACUCUCUGGGGUAUUAAUCCAGGGGCCAUCUUUAUGAUCUUAAAUUCCCUCAGUAUUAAUUGAGCAGCUCUGAGAUUUACAGAUGAAGUCAUUGAUAUUUGAUUCUUUUAGCUUGCCCGGAAAAAAUGAGAUGUAAAUACUGUGUAAUUUAUAAUAAUGUUACAUUCCCACAUCAAGUCUUAUCCAUGAAAGCAUCACUUAUGUUCAGUUUGGAUUUUCCUUUCACACACACUCUUUAGUGUUUUAGUUACUAGAUUAGGAUUUGUAAACUUGAAUACCCGCUCUUUAUUGCACUGCACAAAAACGCAUCCAUUCCUACAUUUGUGAACAAAAUGAAGUUUUAACCUGACUUUUUUAUGCCUAUCAAAUCUACUAAUUAUACAUACAGUUUAUGAAUAUAUUUUUUUUGUAUCUUUCAUUCAUAUGAAAAAUAUAUUUACUUUUUAAAAAUGAAUGAAGAUCAAAACGGAAUAUAUGAAGUGAGGAGUGCCAGGAUGUCUUUUAUUUAUUCAUGGUUGAAAAAACAAAAUCCUGGCUCAGUGAGUGUUUAGGGAACAGUGAAUGAGGGACUUUGUACACAUCCUUUUUAUACAGUUUUUUAUGCAUUGAUGGCAAAUAAUAUAAACAUUGCAAUGUUAUCAACUGGCAUUGUUUGUAACUUGAUCUCAAAUAAUGGUCAAAUCACAGUAUUGCUUUUAUACAACAUGUACUGGAAGAGGCUUCCCCAUGCAUUCAUUAACACACAUCAGUGAUUACCCACUCUUUUACAGUUACAGCACUGAACAAAGCCACACAUGACAAAACCAUUUCAUCUCUGAAUACAGUCAAACACUUAUAAGACCUUUAUCUCCAGUGAUCUCUCCUCAGUGGGGCAGUGAUUUGUCUUUAAUCUGAUUCAUAAGCUUUGUUUCAUGAUGUACAUUCAGCCUUUCAGUGUCUGUUAAAGAAAACAUUUGGGCCUCUGCUAACUUUCCUUGAAGUGAAUGAGGGAUCUUCUACACAUGAGACGUGCUGGCAAACUGGCGACUGUGCUACACUGUGAUGAUUUGCACUCUCCUCUGUUUUCUCUGCGUUGAAUAUUCCUGUUCUGACGCCUGUGGAGGGAGAGUGGGUCGAGACAGAUUCUUCCACUACCUCUCUGUACAAAUUUGUAUGUUUAUAAAUCCUGCUGACACUCAAAUAAAGUGACUUCCAGCUAAUCUCA